CUUGAUGUGUUGUGCAUCUCUUUCUCUAUCAUUUAUUUUUUCUCUCUUUCCAGCGUGAGAGAGAGAAAAUUACCCAGAAAGAGUCACACGCUAGCUCCUUAAUCUGGAUCCUCUGGUGACCCUUUUCUUCCUUGUUUUUUCUUUAUUACCUCAACCCUCCUGACCCUUCUGCUCUUCCUUGCUCCUUUACAUCUUGAGGCCCUAUGGGUCCUCCUAGGCUUGCAUCUAUGGGACCUUUUGGAGGAAUAAUUCAAGAUGUCAAAGGAAGGGUUGAAUGUUAUAAACAUGAUUGGGCUAGUGCAAUCUGUUCUGGCAUUAGGAUAUUGGCUCCAACUUUCUACAUAUUUUUUGCGUCUGCUCUUCCUGUUAUUGCUUUUGGAGAGCAACUUAACAGGGAUACAGGCGGAAGCUUGAGCACAUUGGAAACUUUGGCAUCAACUGCCAUUUGUGGAAUAAUCCACUCAAUAUUUGGUGGUCAACCUUUGUUGAUUUUGGGAGUUGCUGAACCAACUGUUAUAAUGUACACUAUUCUUUAUGAGUUUUGCACAAAAACGCCAGAGUUAGGUGCCAAGAUGUUUCUGCCGUGGGCUGGUUGGGUUUGUGUGUGGACAUCAUUCCUGCUGAUUAUUCUUGCAAUUUUCAACGCAUGCACAAUCAUCACAAGGUUCACAAGAAUUGCAGAGGAAUUAUUUGGCAUGUUGAUUACUGUCCUUUUCUUUCAAGAGGCUAUAAAGGGAAUCAUAGGUGAGUUCAACACCCCUAAGGAUGGAAAUCUUUUGUUAGAGGAAAAUCAAUUCCAUUGGCGGUAUGCAAAUGGACUACUUGCAAUCAUUUUAUCUUUUGGACUACUUAUCACUGCCACGAUGAGCAGAAAAGCAAGAACAUGGAAAUAUGGAUCAGGGUGGCUACGAGGUUUCAUUGCAGAUUAUGGGGUUCCAAUGAUGUUAGUGAUUUGGACUGGACUAUCUUAUACUCUACCAGGAAAAAUUCCAUCUGCAGUUCCUAGAAGGCUAGUUUGUCCACUUCCAUGGGAAUCUACUUACCACUGGACAGUAGUAAAGGAUAUGGGGAAGGUACCCUUGGGAUAUAUCUUUGGGGCAUUUAUUCCAGCUGUGAUGAUAGCAGGUUUAUACUUUUUUGAUCAUAGUGUAGCUUCUAAGAUGGCUCAACAGAAGGAAUUUAAUCUUCAAAAACCAUCUGCCUACCACUAUGAUAUUUUACUACUUGGUAUAAUGACUCUGAUUUGCGGUAUCCUUGGCCUUCCUCCAUCAAAUGGAGUUCUUCCUCAAUCCCCCAUGCAUACAAAGAGUUUGACAGUUCUUAGGAAGCAGUUGAUCCGAAAGAAGGUGGUAAAAAGUGUCAAGCAACAAGGAAGCAACUCUGAAUUAUAUGGAAAGAUGCAAGUUGUGUUUGUAGAAAUGGAUACAACACCAACAACAAAAGAGUUGGAGAAUUUGAAGGAGGCUGUAAUGAAAUCUAAUGAAAAGAAUGCUGCAAAGGAAAAUUUUGAUCCUGAUAAACAUAUAGAUGCCUAUCUACCUGUACGAGUUAAUGAGCAAAGAAUGAGCAACUUAUUACAGUCUCUUUUGAUUGGCCUAUCAAUUUUUUCCGUUAAUAUCAUCAAAAUGAUACCCACUUCAGUUCUAUGGGGAUAUUUUGCAUACAUGGCAAUUGAUAGUCUCCCAGGGAAUCAAUUUUGGGAAAGGAUAUCGCUUCUGUUCAUCCCACCAAGUCGACGCUAUAAGAUAUUGGAAGGUUAUCAUGCCUCGUUUGUGGAGUCAGUACCAUUCAAGACCAUAGCUGUAUUCACAAUAUUACAGUUUGUGUAUUUCCUAAUCUGUUUUGGAGUGACAUGGAUACCUGUAGGAGGAAUACUUUUUCCAUUACCAUUUUUCCUUCUCAUAACUAUAAGAGAGCAUUUGCUUCCAAAGAUAUUCAAACCUAAUCAUCUUCAAGAACUAGAUGCAUCUGGGUACGAGGAAAUUGUUGGUGCUCCACAUAUUACACAUAAUAUACCACCAAGGGAAAAAGAGUCAAAUGACCCUGACAGUGAUGAUAUGAGCUCAGAAGAUUAUUAUGAUGCAGAGAUAUUGGAUAAGAUGACCACAAAUAGGGGAGAAUUGAAGCUUAGAACUGUAAGCCGAAAUAAUAGUAAAAGCUUCAGCUACAGCUCCAGUGAAGACAUGCAACAUUAGGUAAAGGACUGAGAUACAUAUAGGGCAUAUCCAUGUGAGAACUCUUCUUAUUAUGAAUAGUCAGAACUACAAAUCCAUACCGUCCAACCAUAUAUAAAUUAUCAAAAUUAUAAGUUCCACUAAAAAAUGUUGUGCUUUCUUUUUAAAAAUCUUAACAUUCAAAUAUGAUCUAGCAGUCUAUAUUCAUAGUUUCAUUUCUGACAAUAAGAAGAGUUUUCUCAUUUGAUAUGCUCCCUAUAUAUAUAUUCAUAGUCUCUCUCCAUUGGCCUUUUGUUAGCAUGUAGAAAUGAAUAUCAGUAUGAUCUUGAAUGCAAUGCUUAAGAUCAUUGUAAAGUCAGACUCAAUGGGGGAAGAAGAUGGAUGCAACCGGGGAAGAAAUAAUUUGAACUCUGACUAAUUAGCCUCAAUAUUAUUAGGAAAAAUAUCUUGUUAAGUUUAAGGUCCAUUUCCCUUCAUUAGUUGACUAUGUUCUGAAAAAAGAGUCAGGAGGGAGUGAAGGAGAGAUUAAUAACAUUUGUGAAAGAAAAGGGGAGGAGAAAGGAAAUGAAAAAAAAAAUCCAAAAAAACUAUACUUGUUUGUAUGUAGUGCUCUCUCUUCCUCUCUCUCUUUAACACUUGUACAUUGGAUAUUGAUAGGAAUUUGUAACAACAUUUUGUGAGCCAAGGAAUUAGAUAUAUAAUAUAAACUGGCCUGAGUGCUACGCUACAUUGUUUUGUUUGUAGCAUGGCACUAUAACUCAA